AUGGAUGUCGAAUUUAGCAUAAACGGAAAGUUAUAUAACGUCAACCCUAGAGUGACAUCGGUUGAAACAUCCUUGAAUACAUUUAUACGCGAUCAGGCACAGCUUAAGGGAACUAAAUUUAUGUGCCUAGAAGGAGGAUGUGGAGCUUGUGCUGUAAAUGUUACCAGUGUUCACCCUGUGACAGGAAAAAUUGUAACAUUAGGGCUCAACUCGUGUCUCCUGCCAGUAUAUUCGUGCCACGGUCGUGACAUACUCACUGUCGAAGGGAUAGGAAACAAGAAAAUCGGUUACCAUCCGAUACAAAAACGCCUGGCCAAUUUCAAUGGGUCGCAGUGCGGAUAUUGCUCCAGCGGAAUGGUAAUGAGUAUGUUCAGUCUGAUGAGGGCUAACGAGGGUGCAGUAACCAUGCGGGAGGUAGAGUCUGCAUUCGAUGGAAACAUUUGUCGAUGUACUGGCUACAGACCGAUCAUGGAUGCUUUCAAAAGCUUUGCAACGGAUGCUAGUGAAAAUGUGCUAAAAAUAUGUCGGGAUAUUGAGGACCUUGAGGCUCCCGGUUGUUCAGGUGUGGCUUGUAACGAUAUUUGUAUUUCGAAAAAAGCGAAAACUAAGGAAAAAUUUCAAAAAAUGAGCUGUGAUGGUAAAAUGUGGAUCAAGGUAUACAAAACGUCUGAGAUAUUUCAAUGUUUUGCUGAAAUUGGGAACAGACCUUAUAUGCUAGUUGCUGGCAACACUGCUCAUGGAGUAUAUCGUCGAAGCCCAAAUCUAGAGGUCUUUAUCGAUUUGAGCUCAGUCAAUGAACUUCGUCAACAUCAGAUUGGAAUGGACCUCACUAUUGGAGCCAAUGUUACACUUCAUGAGUUCAUCAGUAUUAUGGAACAUGCAACGCUUGGCAAUAUACGAUUUCAAUAUAUGAAGAAAAUAAUCCAACAUGUACGGAAAGUAGCAAAUCACCUAGUGAGAAAUGCAGGCACUCUAGCAGGGAAUCUUAUGAUUAAACACGAACAUCCGGAGUUCCCUUCGGAUAUAUUUCUUUUAUUGGAAACUGUUGGAGCUAGAAUGGUUAUAUUGACAGAGGACCUUCCAGUCAUCAUAACGCCAAAGGAAUUUUUGUCAAUAAACAUGUCCAAGAAGAUUAUUCAAAGUAUAAUUCUUCCACCAUUAGACCCCACCCAGUAUACAUUCAAAUCAUACAAAAUUAUGCCAGUAUAUCGAAAUAACCGAGCAUACGUAAAUGCUGGAUUUCUCAUCAAAUUUUGCAGAUUAAGUGAAGUUGUUGAAUCAGCAACCAUCUGCUUUGGAGGAAUAAAUUCACAUUUUGUGCAUGCAGAGAAAACCGAAGAAUUCCUUAACGGCAAAACCUUUUUCUCUAAUGAAACCCUCCAAGGAGCUCUUCAUGCACUAUCCAAGGAAAUUCAACCGGACUGGGUUCUACCCGAUGCUUCACCUGAAUAUAGAAAAAAAUUAGCCCUAGCGCUCUUCUACAAAUUCGUUCUCAGCAUAACGCCUGAAAGCUCUGUUUUGAUGAGCACUCGAUUCAAAAGCGGUGGAGCUAUUCUGGAGCGUCCCGUAUCGUCCGGUAAACAAAGCUAUGAUACAUAUCCAAGCAAAUGGCCUCUCACUCAAUACACUCCCAAGCUAGAGGGCUUAGCUCAAACAUCCGGAGAAGCCGAAUACAUCAAUGACAUACCAAAAUUGCCAAAUGAGCUGCAUGGCGCCUUUGUGUUAGCCUCUGCGGUACGAAGCCGAAUUGUGAAAAUAGAUGCUACGAGUGCACUGAAACUGGACGGAGUUGUUGCAUUCUUUUCAGCAAAGAAUGUUCCAGGAAUCAAUAACUUUUCGCCGCUGGAAUUUGGAAACCAGGAAAUUGAAGAAAUCUUCUGCAGUGGAGAAGUGUUGUACCAUGGACAGCCUGUUGGAAUGAUAGUCGCUGCCACAUUUGAGCUAGCUAAUUUUGCAAGUCAAUUGGUUGAGGUGAGCUACGAAAUAAUUGGUAAUCAGCCAAUUUGUACAACACCAAAAGAGGUACUCCAAUUAGGUGCUCCAGACAGGGUCAUAAAUCAAAAUUUUGAUCGCUAUGGAAAACACUAUCGUACGACUUCAAGUAGUCAUAUCCACAUUCAGGGACAGAUGGAACUUGGUGGACAAUAUCACUACUCGAUGGAAACGCAAACCUGCUUUUGCGUUCCGAUCGAAGAUGGUAUGGACAUCUACGCUUCCACACAAAGUACGAAUUUCAUGUUAGCGGCAGUUUCGCAAGCUUUGGGUGUUCAAGAAAACACUCUGAACAUCAGCGUCCGUCGCGUCGGUGGGGCCUUUGGAGCAAAGUCUAGCAGAGCCCCGCAGAUUGCUUGUGCCUGUGCGGUAGCUGCACAACAUUUACAGAGACCAGUUCGCAUGAUAUUGUCGUUGGAGACCAACAUGUCUGCCAUUGGAAAGCGAAAGGGCGUUCUUUCUGAAUAUCGAGUUGACGUCGAUAGAGAUGGAAGAAUCAUUAAGUUGCUGAACACGUACACUCAUAAUGCGGGAGCAAUAUUGAACGAGCCCUUGGCUUUUCUUACUAGCGAUUUAUUCAAGAACUGCUAUCGUACAGAUUCAUGGGGAUUGAUUGGUAAUAUGGCAAGAACUGAUGUAGCUACCAACACGAUCUGUCGAGCUCCAGGAACUAUGGAAGGCAUAUCAAUGGUAGAGAAUAUUAUGGAGCACAUUGCGCAUGUCACACGAAAAGAUCCUUUAGAAGUCCGUAUGCUCAACAUAUCGAAGCAGAACAAAAUGUACGAAUUGCUACCACACUUCAGGAAAGACGUAGAUUUCGAUGAUCGCAGAAAAACCGUUGACAUGUUCAACAUUCAAAACCGCUGGCGCAAACGCGGUAUUGCCAUCAUUCCAAUGGAGUACCCUCUGGAGUACUCCGGUACGCUGAAUGCCUUAGUUUCAAUCUAUCACAUGGAUGGAUCCGUUGCAAUAACCCAUGGAGCAAUCGAGAUGGGGCAAGGAGUCAACACAAAGGUGGCACAAGUAGCCGCUCAUAUCUUGGGUAUUCCUCUAUCGAAAAUUUCUGUCAAACCCAGCACUACGUUGACAUCACCUAACUGUGCCCCAACGGUUCACAGCAGGGCAAGUGAGAAUGCUGCUUAUGCUGUUAAACGAUGUUGUGAGAUAUUGCUGGACCGCCUACAUCCCAUCAGAGAUCCAUUGUCAUCCUGGGAGGAAAUAGUCAAUAGAGCUUUCGUUACAAAUAUCGAUUUAUCGGCCUCGUACUUCUAUCAGCCUACCGACCUUAAACCUUACAUCAUCUGGGGCUUGACUUGUGCGGAAGUGGAAGUGGAUAUUCUCACUGGCACCAUUCAAGUUUCUCGAGUUGACAUCCUAGAAGAUGUAGGGGAAAGUAUGAAUCCGGGAAUCGAUAUUGGACAAGUGGAAGGAGCCUUCAUAAUGGGGUUGGGCUAUUAUCUCACGGAGGAUUUAGUUUACGAUCCAUCGAACGGAGCUCUGGUGAACAAUCGCAGCUGGAACUACAAGGUCCCAGGGGCGCAGGAUAUUCCAAUAGAUUUUCGUGUGAAAUUUCUGAAAGGAAGCUCUAACCAGUAUGGCGUUCUUCGUUCAAAGGCUGUUGCCGAACCGGCACUUAGCAUGAGUCCAGUUUUAACGUAUGCGAUACGGUAUGCUUUACGUUCGGCGAGGCAAGACGCUGGACUACCAGACGAAUGGAUUACAUUAGGGUCUGGGACUACUCCUGAGAAGAUAUUUUUGCUAACAGGAAAUGAUGUUGAUCAUUACAAACUGUACUAAAUAAUCAAAAUCGGUACUACAAUAUUGAA